UGACAGACAAAAUGACGACGGACCCCACACAGCAGCCGCAGCCGACGCUCGAAGCCGAGCUCGCUGCCCUCAAGCUCGCGUACGCGCAACUCGAGGCCAAGUCGGCGCAACUCGAGGCUGAGAAUGCGCAGCUCAAGGACGCCCUCGCACGCACCGAGAAGGACGAGAAGCCGCAGCUCGACUCGCUCACGGACGAGCCCGACCUCGCGCCACCGUCGCACCUAAGCACCGCGCUGGGCCGCCUCAAGAGCGCGGUGGUGUCCAAGGCGCCGACGGCCUUUCGCCGCUACGAGUCGCCGGUUGAGGGUGCCACGACCGAGACGACCACCGCACGACGGUCCGACCCAGGCAGCGCGGACACGACACCACGGACAUCUUUGCUCGGGUACGCCGUAGCAUCCAUCAAGGGUCGUAUUGGGCGCCCGGGCGCGGCGAGAAGCGGCAGCGUCGACGCAGCUGACGCGUCCUCGGACGACCCGACGUUGCCCAAAGGAUGGGAGGCCAAGGUGAGCCGCUCCAACGACAAGACGUACUACAUCAACCGGUCGCUCAAGAUCACGCAGUGGGAGCACCCGAGCACGAUGGUCGUCAUGCCAGCGACAGGCACCAAACCCACCGACGAGACGAACCUCGACUACAAGAGCUGCGACAGUCCGGCCGAGGCCGAGCCCGCAGAGUCGAGCGAGUGGCCGCCACUCGCGCCUGGCUGGCUCGUCAAAGUGAGUCGCAAUGGCGGCCGCACAUACUACGUCAACCCCGAGCUCAAGCUCACGACGUGGGAGCGACCGACGGCGACGGCGUCCGCUUCGUAAGCAGCGGUCGAUUGGCGCCGUACGUACAUAGCCCAGUUCCUGGUUGCAUGGUUAAAUUUUGAAUGUCAAUGCAGUAUACGCUAAAUACACUGUAUCUCUCCUGCAAGGACUAGGCUACAGUAGAGUUCUUAAUGACAGCGUACCGUCC